GGUGACCCGUCCCGCCUUGCCUUUGCGGCCUGACUAAUACGCCGUAGACAUGUCCGGCAUUCCUUACGACGGUAACCUGAACUUCUGCUUCCCCGUGAAGAACUUCUCUUCAGAUCGUGUGAAGCUGGUCCUCUUCGACCCCAGGAUUCACCUCGAACCCUACUUCGAGGCUCAAUUGACGUGGCCGGAGGUCUGGGCGCACAGCGCGUUCGGUCCAUAUAAGGCCAAAGAAGAUCUCAACGAGGACUUCCUUGAGAACGUCAUCCAUAAGAGCCCUGCUGUCGUGAUGUUCGUCAUCAUCGACAAGACCAAACCUGCGUGCUCGUUCGAUAGCGAAGGUGCCUUCGCGGGCGUGCUCACCUAUCUGAACGCCUCCGAUCGCAACCUCGUCACCGAGGUCGGGCACAUCCAGAUCUUCCCACCAUUCCAGCGUACCCACGUCAACACUCACGCAUGCGGGUUGCUGAUGCAGUAUGCGCUCGAGACGAAGGAAAAGGGUGGGCUCGGUUGUCGUCGAUGCCAGUGGAUGACGAGCUCGGCGAACCAAAAGUCUCAGAAUGCCGCGAUCAGGCUUGGUUUCCUUCACGAGGGCAUCUUGCGCUGGGAUCGCGUUUACCAUGACGGUGAUGCGAGGGGUAAGCCUGGUAACGGAAUUGCGCUUGCAGGAGACCGAGAACCCCAUAACAUUGGAAGGCACACGUACAUCUAUGGCUUGUGCUGGGACGACUGGGAGAAUGGUGGAAGGGAGAAGCUGCAGGCUUUGAUGGAUAGGCGAUGAUCCUGGUUGAAGAUGGUGAUGCUAACGUCUAUCAUGUACCCGUCGUGCUCUUACCCCUCAAGCUGAAGUCAAUAGAGC